AUGGGAUCCUCACCGAAAAGCGAAGCCGAGAUUCAAGAGAUCCUCGAGUGCUAUGCCAAAGGGAUGCGGCACAUGCCUCGCUCACCCAUCCUCCAUGACCCAUCUGAAGUCGGCCUCGAAUACGAAGACGUCUUCUUCCCUUCCUACGAUGGCGUCCCGCUCGAAGGCUGGUUCAUUCCCUGCCCCGGCUCGAACAAGCUCAUCAUUGCCAAUCAUCCAAUGACCUUCUCACGAGCGGGACACCCUUCGCACCUGGAACCCUGGAAAUCCAUCUUCGGCGCCACGGGAAACACGAUCGAAGUGAACUUUGUUCCUGACUUCAAAAUCCUCCACGAUGCCGGCUACAACGUCCUAGCCUACGACCUGCGGAACUUUGGCCACAGCGGUCCCGCAAAUUCCGGAGCUGUCAGCGCCGGACGGUUUGAGGCUCGAGACGUGGUGGGAUCGCUCGUCUAUGCCCGCAGCAGGCCGGACACGAAGGACAUGAUCAUCGGCCUCUUCAGUCGCUGCUUGGGCUGUACCUCGUCUUUCUGGGCCAUGCACAAGUUCCCCCAGUUCUUCGAGGAUGGCAAUGUCCGCUGCAUGGUCGGUCCACAGCCCAUUUCUCCCCAGACCGUCAUGGAGCGCAACUUUGAACGCGAGGGCAUCCCGAUGGAAAAGAUGGCCGAGCUGGAUCGCUUGGUCAGGCUUCAGACGAGUUUCGGUCUGUUUGAGUUGGGUCCCCGCGAACCGGCGAAGAGUGUGCAUGUGCCGACGUUCCUGUAUCAAGUCAAGGACGAUCUGAUGACCAAGCCGACCGAUGUGCAGACCAUUUUUGACAACAUUCCGACGAAUGAGAAGAAGUUGUUCUGGAUCGAGGGGACGACGAGAAGGUGGGAUGGCUACCUUUACUUCCAAAAGCAUCCGGACCAAAUGCUUGAGUGGUUUGAGAAGUACAUGAAGUAG